GGAGGUAUAAGUUGGCGGUGGCUAUUAGUAACGAGGUUACGCAUUGGGAUAAUUUUGAUCCAUGUAUUUCUUGGCCUAACCACAAAAAAAUGGGCCGUGUCGAGGGACUGUGGAAAGCGUUUAAGGUAUUUGUAUGUAAUUUUUAUUUUAUAUAAGUUAUUUAAUUUUAUGUUUCAUUUCAAUUGUAUAUUUUAUUUAUUUUAUUUAGGAAACUUGGAAACUUCCUGAAAAUGAGGCUACAAAAAAAUGGUUCAAUGAGACUGCUAACGGUCGUUGGAAAGAUGCGAAAACUAAACGAUUGAAGGCAGUCUUUGAUAGAGCUCCAGACCUUGCCACGGCUAAGGCAAAUUGUCCAAAUAGGAUUAGUGUUCAAACUUGGGAGAAACUAUGUGAUCAAUUUCAUUCUAUUUCCACUCCUGGUGUUGAUGGGAAGUCCAAAUCAACCAAAUGCAAGGACUCGCGAAAGAAAGUCUCGACAGACCACCAUUGGGGUCGAACAAGUAUCAAUAGUUGGUCCCACAAUCAUGUAAGUAAUUUGAUCUAUAAUAUUAAUUUAUUUAAGUUUAAAAUAGAUACUUACUUUAUAAUAUUUUAAUAUAGUUUAAAAAAUUGGGCAAAAAUCCUACGGUGUUUGAUACGUAUAAGAAAGCAUAUAUGGGUAUUGAUGUACUGAGGGAAACCGGGCCAAGUAUUAGUGAGGAAGGAGAUACAGAAGAACCGUAUAAUGGGAUAGCAACUCCUGAACAACUUCGCAUUUCGGCUGAUUUGGAACGAGUGUACGAUGAGACAAUUCGUGAUGGAAGUGACGAAAGCACGUCCAACUCAAUUGCGAUAGAAAAAGUGCUCGGGAAAAGCAAAGGGCUUGGAAUUAAGAUUGCAACCACCACAAAGAGUUCAAAGUCGAGAUUUUCUUCAAUUCCGCCGGAAGUGCAAAUGGAAAUGAAUUCAAUGAAAGAGCAAAUGCUACUUAAAGAUGAAAAAAUGGAAAGAUUGGAAGCGGAAUUGAAAGAAACCCGAGAAAUUGUGAACACCUUGGUCGGCUGUUUUGGACUACAAGCCUCGACAUCGACUCCUUCCAAUGAUGGUGGAGUAUAAAAAAGGGAUGAACUUUGUUUGGUUUUUGAAUUAAACUUUGCAACACUACAUUAUAUGCUUUUAAGUUUUAUGUACUUUUUUAAUUUAUGUUUUGUGCUACCUUGAUAUUUAAUCCGUAUAAUUGGUUUUAAUAUUUUCGAUA